AUGAGACUAACUGUUGGAAUGGAUCAAUCUGAUAUACGAAAAGUAAGAGAUUUUGCAAAUUGGCUAUUUAAAAUAGGAGAAGGCAAACUUGGUGGCCCGAAUGAUGGUGAAAUGAUUAUCGAUAUUCCUGAUGAUAUUCUCAUUAAUGAUUCACAUGAUCCUAUAGAUAGACUACCCAUAUUUCUGCUAAUUGCUUCUUCCAUUGUGCAAGAGACUUCUAUCACUACCUUGUCUGCUCUUCUUCGAUGCCUUCUUACACUUAUCUGGUGUUGUUUUCAAUGA